AUGCCUCGUUUCGGCACCACGGCACCCAGCUUCCCAGACUUCCUUGGAUUGUCUCUAAUAAUAUAUGCCAAAUCAAACUUGGUGUUGGAUCCUCGCGAGCCACCACUCUUCAAAUCAAGGAUUCCAAUCAUCGGCCAUAUAGUGCGAAUGUGGCGCGAUGGAGGCGGCUACUACGUGGAUAUCUAUCGUCGUUUGGGCACCAAAACCCACCCUGUGACGCUGAGUAUCUUGGGCCAGAAGUUCUACUUUCUUUUGUCACCUUCCAUUGUCCAGGCAGCUUUUCGAAACAGAUACCUCACAUCAGAACGGUUCAAUGUCCAGGCCGCCACCGGUGUAGUUGGUCUCAGACCGGAACCGUUGCGCAACAUGACGUCAACGGCACUUAGGACUUUAUCAGCAGAUCUCAACGAGCUUGCUGCUUCUAGCUGUAAGGCUGGAAAGGGGCCGAUAGACCUCUACCGUUUCCUACGUGACAGGCUCGGCACCAAAACGAAUCCGGUACGCAUUAAAACUGAACUUGUACAGGACGUUUGCUAUGUGAAGUCUUCAUUUUUUUCGUCGACUUUCGACGAGGCUAUGUUCAUCCUCUUGUUCAACAUCGCCCCCACAUUCACUGCACCAGCAGGCCACAAAGCCCGCGGUCGUUUGCAAGAAGUUCUCAUCGAAUCCUUCCAAAAAUAUCCGGAUGAUUCGAGCUUCCCAGACGACGCUGCAGAACUCACGCGCAUGCGCGCACGUCUUCUGAGGAUGUACGGAGUGACUGACGUUGACGUUGGUAAUAUGGAAAUCGGCAUGUUCAACGCCGCCGUCGCAAAUACCGCGCCAAUUCUCUUUUGGAUGGUCGUCAGUAUCUUUUCCAGGCCCAAAGUUCUUGCUAAUCCGCGUGCGGAGGUCGAAAAGCUGGUCGAGGUCACCGAUUGGACGGCCACCCUGUGCGCCUCCCAGCUGACGGAUCGCAACCUCUGCCCUUACGUGGCGGCCGUGAACUACGAGGUCAUGCGGCUCUGCGACUCUGCGACCGGAACGCGUUUCGUAGAUGAGGACAUCACCCUGCCCGACGGUACGCUCCUGAAAUCUGGAGCGUUAGUCGAUAUGCCCUCGGCGGUUGCGCAUCGAAUGGAGGAGACUUGGGGAUCGCAUGAUCCCGAAGACUUCAACCCGGAACGGUCGCUCCGCCGUGUAUCCGAAAAUCGUAAUCCGAGAGAACUCAUAGUUUCGGAACCCUUAGCGCAGAGAAAGGCGUUCUGGCCGUUUGGUGGCGGCAAACAUCUCUGUCCUGGUCGGAACUUUGCCUUCGCCGAGAACAUCAUAUUCCUUGCGGCAUUAGCUGUCGGGUUUGAAGUGAAGGGUCUUGAUGUCGACACGAUACCCCAAUGCGGUUAUGCUAACCUGGCCGGGCAGAGCGUGCCGAAACCGAAGCAACCUGCCAACGUGACAUUUCGACAGAGAAAUGACUGGGAAAAUGUUAAAUGGCGACUGAUUGCAUAA